GCUUAGUUUUUCUCCGCCUUUCUGCUCUGAAGCUCUCGCCGCUCUCGCCGUUCCCGUGUCGCAUUCAUCGGCAUCACUCGCUCAUUCAAACACAGCUGCUUGGGCAUCCGAUCAGCAUGAGUUUCGCCUCUUUCCGAUAAUACAGCUUAGCAUCAUCCAUCCGUCUCAGAUCUUACGGAACAACCCGCUCCACUGGUUGCCGACCUUACAACGUUAAACCCUCUCCAUCAGCACUCCCCGUUCUCUCACUGUUAUUUCACACCACACCCACUAUGUCUGUCUGGAACCCAGAUAAUAUUCGCGAUGUCGCCGAAUCGGUCGGUGUUGUGAACCUCAACAACGAUGUGACCGAAAAUCUUGCCCGCGAUGUCGAGUACCGCGUAGCACAGGUCCUGGAAGAAGCUCUCAAAUUCAUGCGCCAUAGUCGACGCACGCUACUGACAACACAAGAUGUCGCGCAGGCGCUACGUGUGCUGGAUGUGGAGCCGCUAUAUGGAUACGAAUCUACGAGACCUUUGCGAUUCGGGGAAGCAUCGUUGGGUCCUGGCCAGCCGCUGUUCUAUGUCGAAGACGAGGAAGUGGACUUUGAGAAGUUGAUAAAUGCGCCGUUGCCUAGGGUACCCAGAGAGAUCUCUUUCACGGCCCAUUGGUUGGCUGUUGAAGGUGUACAGCCGUCCAUUCCGCAGAACCCCACGGCGGCCGACUCGAGAAACCUGGAACUGAUGUCCAAGGGUCCCAAUGCAAGCUCUACACUGGCGGCUAUGAGUGGAGGAGGUAAUGUCACCGUCAAGCCCUUGGUGAAGCAUGUGCUUUCCAAGGAACUCCAGCUUUACUUCGAGAAAGUCUGCAACGCCUUUUUGGACGAGUCCAGCGAGGAAUACAGAACGUCCGGUUUUGCCAGCUUGCGAGAAGACCCUGGGCUUCACCAGCUGGUGCCAUAUUUUGUCCAGUUUAUUUCGGAGAAGGUGACCCAUGGACUGAAGGAUGUCUUUGUCUUAACGCAAGUGAUGCACAUGGCCGAGGCUUUGGUGCAGAACCAGUCGCUCUACGUGGACCCCUAUAUUGCCUCACUUGUACCGCCUAUCCUCACCUGCUUGAUCGGCCGGCAACUUGGUGGAAAUGCUGAACUGUCGGAGCAGUUUGCCCUGCGCGACCUUGCCGCAUCGCUUCUGGGCCUCAUUGCCAAGAAAUACUCCAAUUCGUCGCAUACGCUCAAGCAACGUCUCGCCCGGUCGUGCCUCAAAACGUUCCUGGACCCGUCGAAGCCAUUUGGGGCACACUAUGGAGCUAUUAUUGGAUUGCAUGCGGUCGGCGGUGCGGAGGGGGUGCGGGUGCUGAUCCUGCCUAAUCUGCCGACGUACGGCAACCUGCUCAAGGAUGGCAUGGUGGAAGAGAGCCCCCGCCGACCGGAGGCAGAGAAGGUCCUGGCGGUGCUGCUCGGGGUCCUGGCCACGCUACGGGAGGGACGGCCGGCUCUUGCCAACGGACAUGGAGGCAUGGUGACGGAUGGACUACGAGAGCGCCUGAGUGGUAAGGUGGGUGAAUUCCUUGCUGCGAAGAUUAGUGACGCGGGGGAGGUCGACAUGGCGCAUGCGAUAGUGGAGUCCUGAGCCCGAUUUCGGCCGGAAUCCCCAACUACCUACUAUCUUUGCACAUACAGUGGCGGUGCCAGGGACCCUUUGUUUUCUUUCUUUCUUUCUUUCUUUUUUUUUUUUUU